AUGGCUCCUUUCGCUGGGCUGCCAACUGAGCUUGUCGAAUUCAUCGCGUCCUACCUCGCACAACAAGAUCUGUACGCCGUGUCUAGGGUGAACAAGAGCCUGCACACACUGGCUGCACCCUAUUUAUAUCAACAUGUCGACUUGGUCAUACAUGCGGGCGAGAGGAUGCCGCGCAUUGACAGAUUCUGCUUGAACAUCCUGAACGACCCUCGACGCGCGGCUCGUAUCGAAACCCUCCGCCUCGGCCCAUCAUCUGCGGAAGGGGUGAAGGAGGGCCAGCGCUGGUUACCUCGGGAGAAAUGCUUCGACGACGAAGCUAUGUACCAGAAAGCUCUCACAGUCCUAGACGAUGAGCCCUUGAUCACCAGCGGAGACUAUCUUCGAGACGCCAUUCUUCAACGAGAGUACUCUGCAUAUGCCACACUAAUCGUGCUGACUGCCAGCGCACUACGGCAACUGGAAAUAUCAGACUUCAGAUACUCGACUAUGGAUCGUCUCCACACUAUUCUGCGUAACCUCGAUACUGAGCGGGCAUGGAACCAGCGUCAUGCGUCGCCAGCACUCUUAGGACGACUCACCCGUAUCAAAGCAGUAUCUUGCAAUGUUGACAGAACAGCCGGAAUUCCAUAUCCGGAUGAGAAAGGUUAUGUAUAUCUCGACCAAGUUCUCAAUCUCCCAGGACUCGAGAUCUUGGAAUUAUUCAACACAGGAGCCUUGACACACGGGCCCACUCGACCGCUUAUCACCCAAGUGCGAGCAACUGUCAUCACCAAAUUGAUAGUUCGACAUUCAAGUUCAUGCGCACUGGCUGUGCGCCCUCUCUUGGCCUGCACCCCGCAGCUUCUAUCUUUCACAUGGGACAUUGCUUACGACUGCCACGACCGCAAGGACGCACCGGAACGUUGGAUUGACCUGGAAGCUUGGAACACAUCACUGGGAGCUGUGUGCAAGACGCUUGAGAUCUUGGUAUUUGCAGCCGAGUACUUUGACUCUGGAAAAUUCCCAUUCGAGCAACCGAGGAUCGGGACACGUCAAUUCGGCUAUCUUGAUCUUACUGGCUUCGAGCAGUUGCGUAGUUUGGAAGCUCCCAUACCGUUCCUGACUGGAGAUGUGGAAUUCUCAAUCACUGCCGAUAUCUGCCCACUUCUGCCUCCUUACCUGCGGCAUCUAUCGCUUCGUCUGGACCUCUCGCUUGCACAACUGUCUUACCAACUAGACACGUCGAUUCUGCGCACUGGACUGACAUUGCAACAGUCCCAAGCUGAAGCGCGAUGCGCAACGAGCGCACGGAUGGAACUCUCAUAUCUCUACCACGCGACCAUUGCAAUGCUUGAUCAUGCGCCCGCCUUGGAAAGCAUUUCUGUUUGGCAGCCUGCGGACCCUUCACUAACUUGGUUUGACGGGCAGAUCGCCGACUUUGCAACAACAUGUAACAACAAGUCUGUCUACGGUAUCAUGUUAUAUCCGAUGUUGCUUCGCUGGAGAAAGCCAGAGCAUCGAGACCUGGUCAAAGAGGUCAGGCUCGAGUCUUUCAGCGAUCGAAUGGAGCGUCUUUGCCGACGCGAGCGUGCGGGGAUACCUUUGGGAUUGGCCUCGCAGUAUCAUCUUCGCGGACUGCGCUCCCAUCUGGUUCGGUAUCGUUGA